GGUAAGAAGAAAGGUAUCACUAGCGCAAUACUCUCAGAUGAUUUUGUCAGUGGCAUUGAUAGCUUUAAAGAGAGGCUCACGUGGGUACCGCCUGGCUAUACAGCUUUGGAAGAGUCUCACAAAGUCACUGACAAAAGUGUUGCUGAUACGGUAGAAGCACUGAUAGGAGCCCAUACAGUGGCCGGAGGCUUAGAGGGAGGAAUAACACUUAUGAAGUGGUUUGGGAUUAAAAUCAAUGAUGGCUCUUCUACUAUUGCACCUCCUAAAUCUACCUCCAGCAAUACACAUUCACUACUCCUUGCUGAGUCGGAUUCCAUAUUUUCUAGUCAUUUUCGUUCUCCGCCUGCCCCUAAGCUUGCCUCUAAGCUUGCUCCUUUAGAUAAAGCCAUAUCUACGAGAAAUCGCAUCCUCCCCCAAGUGAGCAGCAUACAAGGAAAGAUCGAAUACUCGUUUAAAAAUGAGCUCCUCCUCAUAGAAGCAAUGACACAUUCGUCCUAUCACAGGAAUGACAUCACUGGUUGUUAUCAGAGAUUGGAGUUUUUAGGCGAUGCCAUUUUAGACUAUCUGGUGACAUGUCACAUAUACCAGUCAGACUCGUCUGCCGAGCCAGGAAGAAUGACAGAGCUGAGAUCAGCACUCGUUUGUAAUUCUCGUUUUGCCGAGCUCGCCAUUUCUCUUAACCUUCACAGGUCCUUGUGUCAUGGCUCUCCGAAUCUCUUCAACGAUAUGAAGAAAUAUGCUCAAUCACUGAAACAAAGAGAAAAGGAAGACAGGGAAAGAAAGUUGGAAGAAAUGUCAAUCAAUGAUGAUGACUCAGCUCAGGUUAUAGUUGAGAGCAUGGAAGAUGGUGAUAUUGAUGAUGAUGAAGAUGAAGAUGAUGAUAUAAUCGAGCCACCUAAAUCACUCAGUGAUUGUUUUGAGGCAUUAGCCGGUGCUGUGUUCAUUGAUAGUGGAAUGAACCUACAAACUGUAUGGGAAACCUUUUCCCCAUUUCUGGAGCCAUUGUUUGAAAAGUUCAAGAAUGAUCCACCAUUGACUCCAAUCUGUGAGUUGCAUAAACUGAUCCCAAAGGAUUUGGAAGUCAAGAAAAAAGUGUUAUCAGAGGGUAAAUCACAGUGUAUUAUUGAAAUUAAAGAUAAGAAUAUUUGUGAAGUGGCUACUGCUCGCUCGUACAAGAAUGCGAAGAACUUUGCAGCUUCUAGAGUUUUAAAAAAA